GAGAGGCUUUGGCGCUCACGCCAAGGUUUUAGGGAGAGCGGGUUAAAGCAGAUAGAGAGAGAGAGCGAAGGAAAAAGCAAGAGGAACGAGCUUCCCUUGAGAACUGUAGGUGGUGCUUCCUCUGGUUUUUUCGUGGAUCUUGCGCAGGAAGGAUAAUUCCUUAGGGUUGGGAGAUUUGUUUCUUCCCAAGAAUCAAUCAAACACUGGGAUUAUCACUUGGAUCUGCAUCUACUGGUUUUCGUUUUCUACAAUCAGUCAGAUCUAUUCAUCUGCAAAUCCAUUACUUGUUUUAGGGCUAGUUAUACUCUGCUCCUAGUUAGUUUAUUUUACUGAAAGUUCAUGACUUGCGGUGCUUCUCUUAGUCUGAGUUUGAUCCCUUACACUGCAAAUCAUCUCUUGUUUCUGAAGUUUGUUUGAAAGGUUUUUGAUAAAAUUCUCUCUCUUUAUGGUUGUUUUUCUCACCAAGCAAUGAGAUUCCUUCGCUCCUAAGAAUCAAGCUAUUCCUGGUCUGUGCUUUCUCUGUGAUUGUCUGUUCCCAAAUUCUAGGUUUCCUAACCAUGGGUAAAGGUGGUCAGGAUGAGGGCAAGCAGAGCCCUUCUCCUCAUGGUUCUCAGCCACCAGUGUUCCUGGCUUGGGCGCGCGACCAGCAGGAGUGUGAGGCCUUCUUCAAGGUUGACAGCUGUAUCGGGCUCACCUCCAUUGAGGCCCAUACUCGCCUUGACAAACAUGGCCCCAAUGAGCUCGAGCGUCAUGCAGGGCCUUCGGUGUGGUCCCUCAUCCUUGACCAGUUUAAUGAUACUCUGGUCCGCAUCCUCCUUGUUGCAGCGGUCAUCUCCUUUGUCCUGGCAUGGUAUGAUGGUGAUGAGGGAGGGGAGACCAGCAUCACCGCCUUCGUUGAGCCUCUCGUCAUCUUCCUCAUUCUCAUUGUAAAUGCCAUCGUUGGGGUGUGGCAGGAGAGCAACGCCGAGAAGGCCCUUGAGGCCCUCAAAGAGAUCCAAUCUGAUCAUGCUACUGUAAUUAGAGACCAUCAAGUGAUUUCUAACCUCCCUGCUCGUGAGCUUGUCCCUGGGGAUAUCGUUGAGUUGAGGGCUGGAGAUAAGGUGCCUGCUGACAUGCGGGUUUUGCGGCUGGUGUCACCAACAGUGCGUGUUGAGCAGGGGUCUCUCACUGGUGAGAGUGUGGCGGUGAACAAGACCCACCGCAAGGUCGAGCACGAGGACACCGAUAUUCAGGGAAAGGAGUGCAUGGUCUUUGCGGGCACAACUGUUGUCAAUGGCCACUGCAUCUGCCUUGUGACCCAGACUGGCAUGCACACGGAGAUAGGAAAGGUCCACUCCCAAAUCCACGAAGCUUCACAGAGUGAAACUGACACGCCCCUGAAGAAGAAGCUCAACGAGUUUGGGGAGACACUCACAAUGCUGAUUGGGAUCAUUUGCGUUUUGGUUUGGCUUAUCAAUGUGAAGUACUUCUUCACAUUUGAGCUGGUAGAUGGCUGGCCAAGGAAUUUCAAGUUCUCGUUUGAGAAGUGCACAUAUUACUUCGAGAUUGCGGUGGCUUUGGCAGUGGCAGCGAUACCCGAGGGGCUGCCUGCGGUGAUCACUACUUGCUUGGCUCUGGGGACGAGGAAGAUGGCGCAAAAGAAUGCACUGGUGAGGAAGCUGCCGAGUGUGGAGACGCUAGGGUGUACGACUGUUAUUUGCUCAGACAAAACUGGGACGCUUACCACGAACCAAAUGUCAGUUGCGAAGCUUGUGGCCAUGGGGUACAGGUCGGGAUCAUUGAGGGAGUUUAGGGUGGAGGGGACGACGUAUGACCCAUGUGAUGGGGUGAUAUAUGAUUGGCCUAAGGGUCCCAUGGAUGCCAAUUUGCAAAUGAUUUCGAAAAUUGCUGCUGUGUGCAAUGAUGCUGGUGUUGCUUAUGCAGGACAUCAAUAUUGCGCUAAUGGCAUGCCUACUGAGGCUGCUUUGAAGGUGUUAGUUGAGAAAAUGGGGCCUCCUGGUGAAGUUCGAUAUGUGAGAAAUAAUUCCAUUUCAGAGACAACUGAGGUUAUUUUAGAAUGCUGCCAACAGUGGAGCGAAACCGAGCACAGGGUUGCAACACUUGAGUUUGAUCGCAUGAGAAAAUCCAUGGGAGUCAUUGUGAAGUCUGCCUCCGGAAGAAAUUCUUUACUAGUGAAGGGUGCGGUAGAAAAUCUCUUGGAGAGAAGUUCUUCUAUUCAGUUACAAGACGGUUCGAUUGUGAGUUUGGAUGAGAAUUCAAGAACGCUUCUACUGCAAACUCUUCAGAAUAUGUCAUCUACUGCAUUAAGAUGCCUAGGCUUCGCAUAUAAGGAGGCUCUUUCUGAAUUCUCAGAUUAUGAUGGAGAAGAGCAUCCAGCUCAUAAGCUCCUGCUUGAUCCCUUAAAUUAUCCGAGCAUUGAAAGUGAUCUCAUAUUUGUUGGUUUGGUUGGGCUCAGGGAUCCACCACGGCCAGAAGUCCAUAAAGCUAUUGAGGAUUGCAGAGCAGCUGGUAUUCGAGUAAUGGUUAUCACAGGAGAUAAUAAGAAUACAGCAGAAGCUAUCUGCCAUGAAAUUGGGAUUUUUGGAUCUCAUGAAGACAUUGCUGGCAAGAGCUUUACGGGAAGGGAGUUUAUGUCUCUUCCUGAUGCCAAUCGUCUAGAGAUUUUGAGACAAACAGGUGGCCUUCUUUUCUCUAGGGCUGAACCAAAGCAUAAGCAAGAGAUAGUUAGAUUGCUAAAAGCGGAUGGUGAGGUGGUUGCAAUGACUGGUGAUGGUGUGAAUGAUGCCCCUGCUCUGAAGUUAGCUGAUAUUGGUAUUGCCAUGGGCAUAACGGGUACCGAGGUUGCAAAAGAGGCUUCUGACAUGGUGUUAGCUGAUGACAACUUCAGUACAAUAGUUGCUGCCGUUGGUGAAGGCCGCUCAAUUUACAACAAUAUGAAGGCUUUUAUUAGAUACAUGAUCUCUUCAAACAUUGGUGAAGUUGCUUCUAUUUUUCUAACAGCAGCAAUAGGUAUUCCUGAAGGGCUCAUACCUGUUCAGCUUCUGUGGGUCAAUCUGGUCACUGAUGGUCCCCCCGCAACUGCUUUGGGUUUCAAUCCACCUGAUAAAGAUAUAAUGAAGAAACUGCCUCGAAGGAAUGAUGACUCUUUGAUCAGUGCAUGGAUUUUAUUUCGGUACCUGGUGAUUGGGCUUUAUGUGGGUUUGGCAACAGUGGGCGUCUUCAUCAUAUGGUACACAAGCGAGUCCUUCCUUGGCAUUGACCUCACAGGUGAUGGCCACACCCUGGUGACCUACUCCCAGCUCUCCAACUGGGGCCAAUGCUCCACAUGGGAGGGCUUUGCAGUCUCUCCUUUCACAGCAGGCUCACGCGUUUUCUCAUUCGACUCCAACCCUUGUGACUACUUCCAAGGAGGCAAAGUCAAGGCCAUGACUCUCUCUCUUUCGGUCCUUGUUGCGAUAGAGAUGUUCAACUCGUUCAAUGCACUCUCAGAGGACGGCAGCCUAUUAACCAUGCCCCCUUGGGUUAACCCCUGGCUCCUUAUGGCCAUGUCAGUCUCCUUUGGCCUUCAUUUCCUAAUUCUUUAUGUGCCCUUCUUGGCUGAGGUCUUUGGAAUUGUGCCUCUUAGCUUGAAUGAGUGGCUUCUUGUUUUAGCAGUCGCCUUACCUGUUAUACUUAUUGAUGAGGUUCUCAAGUUUGUGGGGAGGUGCAUGAGUGAGAGAGACAUUGCCGCGAGAAGGCCACACGACAAACUGAAGGUUGCUUGACUGUCACAACUCUGAAUUCUCAAUACAUUUUUGGGAUUUCUUCCUCAGAGAUUACGAGACAAAAGUGUCGUCUUCUAAUCUGCAUCUCUAGUUUUGGACUAACUAUUAACAGGUCUUCUAAGGGCAUCAUCAUUUUUUUACCUGUGCGCCGAAGGGAAUAUUACCAAAAACAAUAGUUAAUUGAUUUAAUAGUUUAUUGAGGAUCCUCCCCACCAGAAGGCGGGAAGGAAAUGGCAAACACUUCACAAAUUGUUAUUAUUCUUUCGGCCAUGCCGUUUCUACUUCCCCUUUGAAACUUGGGGCAUGGAAAAUUGGAGAUUUGGAGGUGAGGCUUGGGUUGUGGAAGGGAGUUCCCACUAUAUCUAUGGUGUUUGGCAUGAAUAGAGAAACCCUUUUUAACUUCUCAAUAAAAUUAGAUUAACAUGGA